AUGACUUCAGUACUCCAUUACCGUGAUCCCAUCGCCUACCGGAGCGACUUCAUGAGUACCUCCAACUACACCCCUCCCCACAUCAUGGACAGCCUCAAGAAAGUGCCCUCGUACGAUGGCCACUCGUCCGAGUCCGAGUCGAGGAAGAACAUGUCCGGCGGCAAGAAGCGCCCCUCAAGAGCAGGAACCCGCAGCGUCACCACCCUCACCGCCGCCCAGCUGGAACGGAAGCGAGCCAACGACCGCGAAGCACAGCGAGCCAUUCGCCAGAGGACCAAGGACCACAUCGACACCCUCGAACGCCAGGUUCGCGACCUCACUUCCCAGCUCGAGAGCAGCUCCUCGUCCAAGAUGAUUGAUCUCAUGCGCCGCAACGAGGAGCUGGAGCAAGAAAACGCCAUGCUCCGUGCACGCAUGGGACAUGCCCCUUCCACACUCGGCGUGCCAGAACACAACACAGGCGCUCCCUCGCCCAGUGAUCGCAUUCAGAUGCUCAGCCAGCCGCGCAGGUCCUCCACAGGGACGGCAAGGAGCAGCCACUCCGUGCCCGAGAUGGCGACAUCUGCCUCGCAAGCUGGACACUGGCAGACACAACAUUCGUACGCUCAUCACGUUUCUUCACCGCACGUUGAGGCGCCGCCACCAAUGGAGGUGUCCACGCCACACCACGACUCAGUGCGCUGGAGCCCUCACCCGUCCUCGCAUCCGCAGCACCACGCCGUGUCCAUGGCAGACCACCCUUCGGUUCACGCUGUCGAGCCCUACCCUAGCCCCUACGUCAUGGAGAGCAACGCGCGAGCCAUGUCUUACCCGUUGGAGAAUGCAUCGCUGGUCUCUUCUCAGCCCAUGCAGAUGACCGGCUACGGCACACCGACCUCCCACCCUUCGCCGCACCCUUCGGAGUACCAGCGACACAUGAGUGUUCCCAUGAACCACCAAGCACCACCGCAACCUCAACAUCCUCACCCGCACGCGCAACAACAGACUUCGGCACCGUACCCCUCGUACGCCCACCAGGGUUACGUGCCGCAAGUCAGCCAUCCUGGCGACAUGUCCAUGAUGGCUCAUGCUCCUCACUCACACCCUCAGUCACAGUCACAGAUGAUGGGCGAGCAUGGCCAACACAUGAUGUACAUGCAGCCUAACAUGAAAGUCGAGCACUGA